AUGGGCCGGCUGCCGUGCUGCGACAAGGCGAACGUGAAGAAGGGGCCGUGGACGCCGGAGGAGGACGCCAAGCUGCUGGCCUUCACCUCCACCCAUGGCACCGGCAGCUGGACCACCGUCCCUCAGAGGGCAGGGCUGAAGAGGUGCGGCAAGAGCUGCAGGCUGAGGUACACCAACUACCUGCGGCCGAACCUGAAGCACGAGAACUUCACCCAGGAGGAGGAGGAGCUCAUCGUCACCCUCCAUGCCAUGCUUGGAAGCAGGUGGUCUCUGAUCGCGAACCAGCUGCCGGGGCGGACGGACAACGACGUGAAGAACUACUGGAACACGAAGCUGAGCAAGAAGCUGCGGCAGAGCGGCAUCGACCCCAUCACCCACCGCCCCAUCGCCGACCUCAUGAACAGCAUCGGCGCGCUCGCCAUCCGCCCGCCCCCGCCCCCCAACGCCACCUCCUGCCUCCCCGCGCCGGCGCUCCCGCUCCUCCACGACGCCCCGUACCACGCCGCGCCCGGCAUGCGGCAACAACAGCAGGUCGUCGUCGCGCGCAUCGACGCGGACGCGCGCGCGUCGCCGGACCACGGCCAGCAGCUCAAGUGGAGUGACUUCCUCGCCAACGACGACGCCGCCGCGGCCGAGGCGCAGCAGGUUCUUGCUGGCCAGUACCACCACCACGGGGCCGUGGCGGCCACCGGCGGAGGCGGCGCGCAGGCUGCUGGAAGCAGUAGUACUGGUGGCGGUGGUGGGCGCGCGUGCGGUGGUGGUGUCGGUGGCGGCGACGACGGCGCGGCGGCGUUCAUCGACGCGAUCCUGGAGUGCGACAAGGAGACUGGGGUGGACCAGCUCAUCGCCGAGCUGCUCGCCGAGCCGUCCUACUACGCCGGCUCCUCCUCCUCGUCGGAGAUGGGCUGGGGCUGUUGAUUAAUUACCAGCUAUAUAAAUGGAGCUGCUUAUUUUUUAGGUUUAAUUACGGGACGCUGUUCGAUUUAAGUAUGAACUUUGGUUAAUUAAUUUUUACGCAUUCACUGAA